CCGUUUGGUUAAUGGAUAUAAAAUUCAACGGUUAGCAUUCGAUUGUUAAAUAGCCUUUUGUUUGUUGAUCGAUGAUAGUUUUUACUUGAAUUUUCGAUUUGAACUUUUUCCAUGUUUCAUAAUUGGUUUGCAAAAAUUUUUUUAUUGUACCAAAAAAUUUUACUUCAUCAUCAUGGAUAAUAGACGAAUAUCAAUUUAUCUUCCAAUUAAUAAUGAGGAAAAUACUUACAAUGAAUCACUACCGACAAUUGACCAUGAAAAUAUCGAUUUUGACGAUGAUGGCCAAGAAGAAUUUGAUUCCAAUAUUGAAUUUAUCUUUGAUAAUACUAAAGAAAAUAAUAAUGGAUUUAAAUUACCACCUCGACUUGCUGCCCGAUUGUUAAUGAAUAAAAAACCGACUUCAUUACCGAGCCAAGCUUUACCAAAUAUUCAUAAUGAUCGGCAUGUUGUUAACGAUAAUAAUGAAAAUGAUCGACGACAAACAAUGUUUAUUCGACACAACACAAAAAAGCAUGAUAUUGAUACAGCCUCCAUUUCUUCACUCGAUUCUGUUGGUGAUGAAAUUUCAAAAUCGAUUCCCAUGUUUCCUGAUGAUUCACGAUACGUUACCUGGAUCAAUUCAGUAUUGGCCACAAGUUUUCUUAUUGAAAAUAUUACCGUAGAUACGGCCCGAAUAAUCAACGAUUGUUUCAUCAGUGAAUCUGCAAAAUAUAAAGGUUCCACAUCGAAAACAAAUCAGAUCGAAGUGUUAAAAGAUGGAAUAACAUCGAUUGCUUAUCGUGAACAACAAUUAAUGGACAAAUUACGACAAAAAGCAACUGCUUUCUUUCAUUGUGAUCAAAUAGCAAACGCUAAAGAAGCUUUAUUCGAAGACAUUAAAUUUGCUCGUUAUUUUAUCCGUAAAGAUCGAGCCAUACACAUGGAUGUCGGUUCAAAGAAGCAUAUAUUGGAAGUUUUAAUGAAUUACAAUCCUUUGUGGCUUAAGGUAGCACUCGAAACUAUAUUCAAUGGGAUAAUCAAUGAUCACUCAAAGAAUGAAGUCCGUUGUCUAGUUCAAUUCUUAACACAACAUUUGCUUUCGUUCAAAGAAGUGGCCAAACGAAAAAAUAAAAAUAUAACCACUUAUUUUAUGAAUGAAAACAACGUCAAAUUGGCCAAAGAACAUAUCUUUUUCCAUUUCGUAUUGAUUGUACAUUUUUUAGAUGUUGCCAAACGCAAUCGAUUAAUUGAUCAUGAUCCUUGCCUAUUUCGAAUUAAUGCCGUUUACAAAUCGUCUCGAGAUAUCAUCAUAUCAUUUAGCCGUGAAUAUAUAACAGGGGUUGGUGAUAUAACUAAAAGUUUACGAAAUGCUGGCAUACAUCUAGAACAUGUCCAACAACCGGUUGAAGAAUUCAAUUUUACUGCCACCAUGCUUAGUAAAGAUCUCAGAUGUGGUCUUAGAUUGGCAAGAAUUCUGGAAAUCAUUUAUCAACGGAAUGAUAUAUUGCCAAGUCUUUAUUAUCCAUCGAAUAAUACCACACGGAAAUUGCACAACAUGGAUAUUGUAUUCAAAAUGUUACAACAGGUUGGCAUUGAUUUCAACUAUAAUGGGCAAACAAUCGCACCGAAAGACAUUUGUAUCGGAAAUCGUAACAAAACCAUUUAUUUAUUGGAUCGUUUGAUGCAAAUUUUCAAUCUCCGACAACGAGAAAUUGAAUACCAGAAAUCACUGGACAAAAUAGUAGCAAUUCAAAGAGCUUUUCGAAGAUGGAUUGCAACCCAGCAAGAACGUAGUCUUUUUUUAAGAAAAAAAGUUGCUGCAAUUCUCAUUCAACGAGCAUUCCGAUCGUAUCGUUUGACUCGGGAAUGUCGUCAAAAAUUUUUAUGCAAAAAACAAGCUUCAAUUACGAUCCAACGAAACUGGCGUGGGUAUCAUGAACGGAAACUUUACCAAACAAAACGUGAAACAACUAUAAUGAUACAACGUCGAUUCCGAGCCAAUCGAGAGAUGAAAAAAUGUCGUGAACAAUUUCAACUACUGCGUCAAAACGCCAUCAUCAUUCAACGAGCAUUCCGAUCGCAUCGUUUGACUCAGGAAUGUCGUCAAAAAUUUUUAUAAAAACAAGCUUCAAUUACGAUCCAACGAUACUGGCGUGGAUAUCAUGAACGGAAACUUUACCAAACAAAACGUGAAACAACUAUAAUGAUACAACGUCGAUUCCGAGCCAAUCGAGAGAUGAAAAAAUGUCGUGAACAAUUUCAACUACAGCGUCAAAGUGCCAUCACCAUUCAACAAGCAUUCCGAUCUUAUUGUUUGACUCAGGAAUGUCGUCAAAAAUUUUUGAGAAAAAAACAAGCUUCGAUUACGAUCCAACGAUACUGGCGUGGAUAUCAUGAACGGAAACUUUACCAAACAAAACGUGAAACGGCCGUAAUGAUACAACGUCGAUUCCGAGCCAAUCGAGAGAUGAAAAAAUGUCGUGAACAAUUUCAACUACAGCGUCAAAGCGCCAUUACCAUUCAACGAGCAUUCCGAUCGUAUCGUUUGACUCGGGAAUGCCGUCAAAAAUUUUUAUGCAAAAAACAAGCUUCGAUUACGAUCCAACGAUACUGGCGUGGAUAUCAUGAACGGAAACUUUACCAAUCAAAACGUGAAACAACUAUAAUGAUACAACGUCGAUUCCGAGCCAAUCGAGAGAUGAAAAAAUGUCGUGAACAAUUUCAACUACAGCGUCAAAGCGCCAUCAUCAUUCAACGGACAUUUAAAACCUAUAUUUGGACUCGUGAAUAUCGUCGGCAAUUCGUAUUGAUGAGACAAUCGGCAAUUGUAAUACAACGAUACUGGCGUGGAUAUCGUGAGAGAAAACGUUUUAUUGAAUUGCGACAAAGUGUCAUGGCAAUACAACGUCGAUUCAAAGCUAAUCAACUUAUGCGAAUGGAUUAUCGCUAUUUUCAAAAAUUGAAAGUAGCCACAAUUUUUGUACAAAAAAAGUUUCGCCAAAAUCGUCAAUUUACUAUUGAUUAUCAUAAUUAUCAAUCAAAGAAAAAAUCUGCCACCCUUAUACAAACUUGGUUUCGUCAUUGUAAACAACGAAAAGUGAUCAAUAAGUGGCAAACCGUCGUUAAAACUGUCGUUGAACAACACAAACAAAAAUGCGAGAAUGCAGCAAUCAAAAUUCAGAAAUUCUGGCGUGGUUACCGUGUACGUCGAGAGCAACGUGAAAAGAUUAACGAAUUACAACUAAUUCUUGAUCGAUUAGAUUAUGCCAAUCAGACGGCGACCGAAAAUAAAAAAUUGAUAAACAUUAUCCAAAAAUCGAUUGAUCGAUUCCGUACUGCUACUAAUAUCGAAUCGGUACGAAGAGAAUUGGAAAAUUUAGAAAUGGCAACAACGUAUUCAAUUGAAAUUUGUCAAAUUAUAGUCCAAACAGAAUGGUUUAUGCAAGUAUUAAUCAAUUCAUUUGAUCAUUUUAAUCGAAGUGAACCACACAAAAAAUUAAUCGGAAACAUUCUGGGCAUCAUUAUCAAUUUAUUGAUUAGAAACGAUUCGAUAUUUCUUUAUAAUGAAACUGUUUUUGAAGUUAUGAUUCGUUUAUUGCGAAAUUUUCCGCGAUCAGACUUUCUUCUAUUUCGAUCAUUAUACAUUCUGAAUCUUUUACUACAAAAUAGACAAACUUUUCAUUGUUACAAACGAAACAAACACUGGAUUCAGAUCCUGGAGGCUAUUGUGAAAAAGAAUGCUCCAAAAAUAGCGGCGUCUAGGACAAAAUCCGUUUUAGAGCUCAAAAAAUCAUCACAAAUACUGUUGAAUCCCAUCAAUAAAUUUACAUUGUCUAUAAUAUGCUCGGAUUUGUCUAAAAAAAUUUUUUAAUUCAUAUAUAAAUGAUGACUGAUUUUCUUAA